GCAAAAAACCGGCGCGGGCUCUCCGGUCUCCCUCUCUCUAACCAGUUCUGACCCUCUCUCUCUCUCUUAAAGCUUUUAUCUCUCUCUCUCUUAAAGCUUUUAUCUCUCUCUCUUAAAGCUUUUAUCUCUCUCUCUAACCUGUUGUCCCCUACUUCACCAUCCCACCGCAGUUCCUCUCGAAGAAAGGGAAGCAGAGGAAGAAAGAAGUAGACAGAUAAGAGGAAGGAUUGUGUGAGCAAUGGCAGUUGGUUCUGAGGAGCAGACACACAAGACUCACAGAUCUCGUCAAUCGGGUCCCUCUGCAAGAAAAAAAGAGAAAUCGGACAAGCAGAAGCGGGGGAUUGCUAAUGAAAAACACAAUCCUAAGGCAUUUGCUUUUAGGUCGUCAGUUAAGGCCAAACGUUUGCAAUCUCACGCAUCAGAGAAAGAACAACGAAGGCUUCAUCUUCCUGUAAUCGAUCGUUCUACAGGUGAACCAGCUCCUUACGUUGUCGUGGUGCAUGGUCCUCCAAAGGUUGGGAAGAGUCUGUUGAUAAAAUCUCUUGUAAAGCAUUAUACCAAGCAUAAUUUAUCUGAUGUUCGAGGUCCAAUCACCAUUGUAUCAGGUAAGCAACGGAGAGUCCAAUUUGUGGAAUGCCCAAAUGAUGUAAAUGGCAUGAUCGAUGCUGCAAAGUUUGCUGAUCUUGCUCUACUUCUUAUUGAUGGAAGUUACGGAUUUGAGAUGGAAACUUUUGAGUUCCUUAAUAUAUUGCAAGUCCAUGGUUUCCCCAGGGUUAUGGGGGUUCUCACACAUCUUGAUAAAUUCAAAGAUGUAAAAAAAUUGAGGAAAACGAAGCAACGUCUCAAGCACCGGUUUUGGACUGAGAUAUAUGAUGGGGCUAAGCUAUUCUAUUUAUCAGGCCUUAUUCAUGGAAAGUACCCCAAACGUGAAAUUCACAAUCUUGCAAGGUUUAUUUCUGUUAUGAAGUUUCAUCCUUUGUCUUGGAGAACUUCACAUCCUUACAUAUUGGUAGACCGUUUUGAGGAUGUUACCCCUCCAGAAAGAGUCCAUGCAGAUAACAAAUGCGACAGGAACAUAACAUUGUAUGGCUAUUUGCGUGGUUGCAAUUUAAAAAAAGGCACAAAGGUCCAUAUUGCUGGUGUUGGGGACUGCCAGUUAGAUAGUGUGACAGCAUUAGCUGAUCCUUGCCCAUUACCUUCUGUUGCCAAAAAAAAGGGUUUGCGUGAAAAAGAAAAGCUAUUCUAUGCACCUAUGUCUGAUCUUGGAGAUCUUCUUUAUGACAAGGAUGCUGUUUACAUAAACAUAAACGAUCAUAUGGUUCAAUUUUCCAAAGUUGAUGGAGAUGAUGGAGCAGCUACCAACAAAGGAAGGGGCCGUGAUGUUGGUGAAGACUUGGUCAAAACACUUCAGAAAACAAAAUACUCAAUUAAUGAGAAAUUAGAACAAAGUUUCAUUAACCUUUUCAGUAGGAAGCCUUCUAUCUCAUCAGAAGUCCAGUUCAAUUCAAAUAAUACCAUGAAAAAUGAAUCUGAGAACUUCUAUUUUCAAAGUGAGAAUGGUGAGGAAUCAACUAGCUCCUUGGAGGGAGAUGAUGUUGAGCAGGCAAAUGGCACGGAGGCUUCAAAUAAAGAAACCAUGCAAGACGGAAGUGAGACUGAAGGAAAUGAAUCAGAUGAGUCUGAUGAUGAAAGUAACAAAUCAUCAGAAGGAGAUGAGGGAUCUGCUAAGGCUUUGAACUCUGACGUAAAGGAAGUAACUGAGUUCCAAAAUGGAAGGUUAAGAAGAAGAGCUGUCUUUGCAAGUGAUGAAGGGCAGGGUUCAGAUAAAGAUGAUGUAGAUAGCGAUUUAUCAGUGGAUUCAGAUGACCCAGAGGAGACUGAAAAUGACUGGAAGUCAGAAGAUCAAACUGAUGAUGGGAUGGGAAAUGCAUCCAAGUGGAAAGAGACCUUGGUCUCUAGAGCAGUUUCAAGACAAACUACUAACCUUAUGCAACUUGUAUAUGGAAAGCAUUCAUCAAAAUCAAUAAACACUGUUCAGGAAUCACUUGGGAGUGGUGACAGUGAUGAUAGUGAGGAUGAAGAAUUCUUCAAACCGAAAGAAAGCAGUGACAAGAAAUCUAGUGAGAGAAUGGAUGUUGAUAACUUCAAUGCCGAGGAUUGCUCCAAAAUAGGUGCAGAUCAGGUGCUGCGUGAUGACUGGUCAAACCAAGAUAUCAUUGAAACCAUUCGUGAUCGUUUUGUCACUGGAGACUGGGCCAAAGCUGCUCGCAGGGGUCAAGAAGUGGAAGGAAGUGGUGAUGAAGAUGCUGCCAUUUAUGGAGACUUUGAAGAUUUGGAAACCGGAGAGGAAUAUGAUGGCCAAGAAACUCUUAAUCUGGAGGGGGACGCAAAGGUUUCAAAAGGGAGUGAUUUAGCAGACGAGGAGCGAAGGCUUAAAAAGCUUGCUCUUCGAGCAAAAUUUGAUGCUCAAUAUGAUGAAUCUGAACCAAUGGAUGAAGAAACUGAUGGCAAGAAGGAUCCCCAAUUUCAUAGAAAUGGAGGCCAAGAUGGUGGCUUUUUAGACAAGCUGAAGGAAGAGAUUGAACUCCAAAAGCAGAGGAACUUGGCUGAGCUGAAGGAUCUUGAUGACGUUACUCGGCUUGAGAUGGAGGGUUUCAGAACUGGAUCAUACCUGAGAUUGGAGGUCCAUGGGAUUCAAUAUGAGAUGGUUGAACAUUUUGAUCCUUGCCACCCUAUUCUUGUUGGAGGGAUCGGCCUUGGUGAAGAAAAUGUUGGAUAUAUGCAGGUUCGACUAAAACGUCAUAGGUGGUACAAGAAAGUAUUGAAGACUAGGGACCCUGUUAUUGUUUCAAUUGGUUGGAGGCGUUACCAGACAAUGCCAGUGUAUGCCAUUGAGGACCGUAAUGGCCGGCAUCGCAUGCUUAAGUACACCCCAGAACAUAUGCACUGUGUUGCCAUGUUCUGGGGGCCUCUUGCACCUCCAAAUGCUGGGGUUGUUGCCUUUCAGAACUUAUCAGAAAAUCAGGAUCUGUUUCGGAUAACAGCAACAGCAGUUGUAUCAGAGUUCAAUCAUGCUGCACGUAUAGUAAAGAAGAUUAAGCUUGUUGGUUACCCUUACAAAAUAUUUAAGAAUACGGCAUUUAUCAAGGACAUGUUUACAUCGGCUCUUGAGGUGGCGAGGUUUGAGGGUGCUUCGAUACGGACAGUGAGUGGUAUAAGAGGACAAGUGAAGAAGGCUGUGAAAGCAGGCCAAGGUAAAGAUGGAAGCGCAAGGUGCACAUUUGAGGACAAAAUCCUGAUGAGUGAUAUUGUUUUCCUUCGUGCUUGGACACAAGUAGAUGUACCGCGUUUCUUCAAUCCAGUGACAUCGGCCCUUCAACCUCGUGACCGUGCAUGGAAAGGCAUGAAGACGGUUGGCGAAUUAAGGAAAGAGCACAACCUUCCAGUUGCUUUAAAUAAGGACUCUCUCUAUAAGCCAAUUGAGCGAAAACCAAAGAAGUUCAACCCCUUGAAGAUUCCCACGGCCUUGCAAGCCGCUCUUCCAUUUGCUUCAAAGCCAAAGGAUACCCCAAAACAAAAGCGUCAAUCACUUGAAAGCCUCCGAGCGGUGGUUAUGGAGCCUCAUGAAAGGAAAGUUCACGCUCUUGUCCAGCACUUGCAAUUGAUCAGAUCUGAAAAGAUAAAGAGGCGCAAGCUCAAGAAUGAGGAGAAAAGAAAAGCAUUUGAGGCAAAGAAGGCAAAAGAUGAGCAGCUGAGUCAGAAGAGGCAACGAGAAGACAGGAAGCAGCGGUAUCUUAAGGAAGAUAAACAAAAGAAACAAACUCGACAAAGACUCGAGUAGUUUUCUUUUCUUGAGGUAAAAGCAUGGGUUUUGAGCCUUUUAUGUUCUAAGAGUUUGUUCUAGGAACUUUCUAGACGAGGUAUUUCCACUUGUAUAUCAUGAUAUAUGCUAUAGUUACCAGAAUCGUCGUCGCUAUGUAGCUAUUCCAGUUCGGAAUCACCAUCCUGCAUUUCUAUGAAGGAAUUUCCAUAAAUCCCGAUUCCUGGAAGUUAGGAAUCAUGAUUCCACAUUUUCUGAAUCUCAUUAUGAUAUCUUUGGAUC